GUCGCGCCAUUGUUGCGUCAGAGGAGCUGUGCCCGCCAUCUUAAAAGCCGCUGAGUGGUCGUUGGGAGAGCCGCUGCCAUUGUGCCUCGCGUUUCUCCAUGAGGAAAAUGCUGGCCGCUCUGCUGUCUCACGUCUUUUCGGGAAUGGUCCGGAAGCCAGCUUUCAGAGGACUGCUGUCAUCUUUUAAGUUCUCCAACGACGCCACCUGUGACAUUAAGAAAUGCGACCUGUACCUGUUGGACUACGGCCCCCCGACCUCCACCGUGCUCACCAGGGCCGAGGCCCUCGAAUACUACCGCACCAUGCAGGUAAUUCGGCGCAUGGAGUUGAAGGCCGACCAGCUGUAUAAGCAGAAGUUCAUUCGCGGUUUCUGUCACCUGUGUGAUGGGCAGGAAGCCUGCUGCGUGGGGCUGGAGGCCGGGAUAAAUCCCACGGAUCACAUCAUCACGUCCUACCGGGCUCAUGGCUUGUGCUACACGCGGGGGCUGUCGGUGAAGUCCAUUCUCGCAGAGCUGACGGGACGCAGAGGAGGCUGUGCGAAAGGCAAAGGGGGCUCUAUGCACAUGUACUGCAAGAACUUCUACGGAGGCAAUGGCAUUGUCGGGGCACAGGUACCCCUGGGAGCUGGUGUGGCUUUCGCUUGUAAGUACCUGAAGAAUGGGCAGGUCUGCUUGGCUUUGUAUGGCGAUGGUGCGGCUAACCAAGGGCAGGUAUUCGAAGCGUACAAUAUGUCAGCCUUGUGGAAAUUACCCUGUGUUUUCAUCUGUGAGAACAACCGCUAUGGAAUGGGAACAUCUAAUGAGAGAGCAGCAGCCAGUACUGAUUACCACAAGAAAGGCUUCAUUAUCCCUGGACUGAGGGUGAACGGGAUGGAUAUUCUUAGUGUUCGUGAGGCGACCAAGUUUGCAGCUGAUCACUGCAGAUCCGGAAAGGGGCCCAUUUUGAUGGAGCUGCAGACCUACCGUUAUCAUGGACACAGUAUGAGCGAUCCAGGGGUCAGUUAUCGUACACGAGAAGAAGUUCAUAAUGUGAGGAGUAAGAGUGAUCCUAUAAUGCUUCUCCGAGAGAGAAUAAUAAGCAACAACCUCAGCAAUAUUGAAGAAUUGAAAGAAAUUGAUGCCGAUGUGAAGAAAGAAGUCGAGGAAGCAGCUCAGUUUGCUACAACGGAUCCAGAACCAGCUGCGGAAGAUCUAGCCAAUUACCUCUACUACCAAGAACCACCAUUUGAAGUCCGUGGUGCACAUAAGUGGCUCAAGUAUAAGUCCCACGGUUAGACAGACAUUACCUACAGAUUUGUUAAAAGUUUUUCAGUGGGACAUUUAUGGUGAACUUUAGAAUAAAUAAAAUGGCAUUACAGACAAAAGUCUUUCAAACCUUUAUAAAGAUAGGUUCCGAGGUUAUUUAGGGGAUUAGAAGAUACAAAUUUGUUUAAAGGAGAUGUUCCACAUUCUGUUCUAGUAUUAUAAAAGCACUGUAUUGAAUAUAGUAUGGAUAUCUUUUAGAGUAUUUUAAAGUUAUAAAAUUAUAAUAGGAAAAACAGGUUAAAUUCCCCCAUUUGUCAUAGUAGUUUCAUUUGAGUUUGUUUUGAAAUAAAUACUGUUAUUUAAAGUAGA